CCUGAAAUGAAACCAUAAAAAUAUCCUACUCUGGAAAAUGGAGAAGCCACGAAGUGAAGUUGUGUUGUAUGGGACAUGGGCUAGUGCUUACUGCACAAGGGUGCAAUUGGCCUUGAAACUCAAGGGCAUAGCCUACGAAUAUGUGGAGGAGGAUCUAACAAACAAGAGCGAGUCCCUACUUCACUACAACCCUGUCCACAAGAAGGUUCCUGUAUUGGUGCACAAGGGGAAGCCCAUAGCUGAAUCGCUUGUAAUUCUAGAGUAUAUUGACGAUUGCUGGAACAACUCUCCCAAUCUGCUGCCCCUGGAUCCUUACCAAAGAGCCAAAGUUCGUUUUUGGGCCAAUUUUUAUGAUCAGAAGAUCAUACCAAGCUCAUAUGCCGUUGUCUUGUCCAAGGGCAAAGAGCAAGAGAACGCCAUUAAAGAGUUCAACGAAUUGCUUACUGUGCUUGAAGAAGGCAUAGAGAAGGAUUUCUCAACAAAAUUUCCUUUCAAUGGUGAGAGAGAGGCCUUGGGAUUUCUUGACAUAGUUGUAGGUGCACAUGCUUGCAACUAUCGAGCUCUUGAAGAGGCUGUCGCUGUGGUUGUUGAGCCAAAAGAGCACCCAGCUUUUCUCUCCUGGGUGACUAAACUGAAGGAGUACCCUUUGAUGAAGGAAACGCUCCCUCCACAUGACAAACUGGCUGCCAGAAUGAGGGAAAGGUUUUCCCUGGCCCCUAAGAGGAAUAUAGCAACUCUAUAAUUACGAUUCUACCUUAUGGCAAUCUACCAUUACGUGUAACGGUGUGUUUAGAAAUGUGUGGAUUGCUUAAAAAUAAGUGCGGUGUGCUUAAGAACUUAUAUG